AGAGUUGCAAAUUCUUAGGAACAAACACGAAAACAAAUCGGGGGAUUUUGCAGCUUCUUUUACUUUCGAUCUAAUUCCGCAGUUGGCAGUGCGGGACCUGCUUUGCCUCCGGAGGAUUUCCAACCCGACUGUCGGGCUGUCAGCGCUCUCACUGAAAACGGGGGUCGUUUUAUCUUUGGAAGUGACUGAUCUCGAGGUAAUAAUGCCGGUGGAGAGAAUGCGUAUGCGACCGUGGUUGGAAGAGCAAAUAAAUUCAAAUAAAAUACCUGGUCUAAAAUGGCUAAACAAGGAACAGAAGAUUUUUCAGAUUCCGUGGAUGCAUGCUGCACGACAUGGCUGGGAUGUAGAAAAGGAUGCUCCUCUAUUUAAAAACUGGGCGAUUCACACAGGAAAAUACCACCACGAGAAAGACAAAGCUGAUCCAAAAACAUGGAAAGCCAACUUCCGCUGUGCUAUGAACUCUUUACCUGACAUAGAAGAAGUCAAGGACAAGAGCAUCAAAAAGGGGAGCAACGCAUACAGAGUAUACCGAAUGCUACCAGCAACCGAGAAACCAUUUAAAAAAGGAAAGAAAGCAAAGGUGGAAAAGGAAGAAACGAGCAAACCAGCGAAGUGGAAAGGACCGAAUUUUCCUUUUGAAGAUAAUGACGUGUUGAGAAAUGGCAUUUACACAUCCUUGAAUAUUGUCGUGAAAGAGGAGGCUCAAGUUCAUAGCACUGUGGACAACAUUAUAGAAGUUGGGUGCUCUCCAAGUCAAAGUAUAAUGGAUGAACCCAUGAUUGUCAGCAAUCCGCCAGAUAUAUGCCAAGUGGUAGAAGUGACCACAGAAAGUGAAGAUCAGCCUGUCAGCACAAGCCAGCUAUACCCAUUGCAGAUCUCCCCGGUUUCUUCCUAUGCAGAAAGUGAAACGGAUAGCGUUGCAUCCAAUGAAGAAUAUGCUGAGAUGAAUGAGAAAACAAACCAAGAUCAGACACAAUGGCAACAGAGCAACAUUGAAGGGAAGGAGUUUCUCAGUAACGUGGGUUUGAACAGUGUGUUCAAUCCAAGCACCACUGUGUCUUCUGUGACUUCUAGCAUCGGUGACAACAAAGCUCCUGUCAUUGAAUCUGAUCCAGAAACACUUUAUACCAAUGCAUGGACCGACCUAGCUAAUGCCUCUGUGUCACCUACCCCAUCACAACAAGCCUCUGUCAAACAGCGUGGACCUGAGAAGCGUGCGACUGUCAUCAUGAAAACAUCGGAUUUAACUGGAGGCAAGAAAUGCUGAGCCCAUGGGUAGAUUUCUUCUGGUAAAGUCUACUGGGCCGAAGGCACACUGUAAUAAAGCGACUUUGCAGACCAUAAUUUGACUAUUUGUAUGUAAUAGAAAGUGUGCUGCAGCACUGGAUAUCAUUUGGUUCUUUAUCUGAACUGCCACCUCCAGAUCAUCAAUUUUUAACUCAGGACAACAUUUUUAUGAUGACCAUUGGUUUUCCUGUUGCACUUGUUUGUUUAUCGAAAAACAACGUUGCUGAGCUUUGUCUCAUCAAGGACUCAGAAAGAGAAUUCAGAAAGGACCAAUGCAACUUUCAGCGCCUUCCAAACCUUGCUACAGCAGAGAAAUUGUGAACUGCAUAGCAAAACGUAAAUAUUUUUUAUAUUCUUUUAAUGUGAAUAUGUAUAUAGUACAGGGAAGGAAAGUCACUGCCUGCUUUUGCACCUUAAAUCUAGUGUGGCACUUAAUGCUGUUAUCUUCCUGGACUGGCAAAUACAAAUAUAAGUAUCUAGAACUUAAUUUUUAUGGUUCAGUCUGUGGCCAGGUAUAAGAACUGCUUUCACUUUGCCUCCUUUGCCCAAGUUCGGAAUGACAAUAGGAUUGAUCCUGAAUGAUGUGCAAAAAAAGAAUGUCUUAGUCGAAGGAUGAGCUUUAAUCUUUUUCUAAAGCAAGCUUUUUUUUAUAAAGGGAUUAUUUUAUUCAGGGUAAUUAAUUCUAAUGUGAGUAUAAAUCGUUAUCUUUUUUACGAAAAUAAAUAUUUUUUUGGGUUCCAUUCCUUGUUUAUUAGCCUACAUACCUGUGGUAAAUUGUUAAUUUUUUAACAGAAAUGUGUAGCAGUUAAAAACCACCCAAUAAAUAUGCUACCUGCUACAUCACUGAGUAGAAAUAGUGAGUUUGUCAUCAAAAUUCGAUAUAAAUCAUGUGCAAAGUUAUCAGCAAAACAUUUAUUGGGAUUUUUUUAACAACUUCCUUUGUAUAGAGCAGGCUUCAGGGCAUUAAUAAUGAAUUAUUGAAUCUAAGAUACAUUGGAUUGAAGAAUAUUGCUAUUGACAAUCGUAUUUCACUUGUGCUGUUUCAUCUCUUGUUGUAAAGCCAGGUAAAGUUACACAGAAUUUCAUAAUUAUCCCCCUCCAUUUGCUGUAGGAACAAGAAAUUUAUGAUCAUCUUUUAUAUAGUGAAAUUAUGUCUGUUACACCCUGUCAGCAAUGUUUAUUUUUAAAAUGACAUUAAGCAAGUGAUUCAUUAAUAGGGCUGUUAUGCAGCAGGUUUUUGCAUCAAUCUGAUGUACAAAUAGUGCUGCAUCAAUGCAAAAUCUAGCUCCAGUAUUCCAUCAGCAAUGUCAGAUGAUUGUGAUUUAACGUAGGUGCGAAGGUUGUCUCACACCACUUAGACCAGAUGCAGAGCCAUCACAAAGCAACUUCUUCAAUGUUCAUGUUAUAUUCUAACAUGUUCAUUAUAAGUCUCCAGGUGCAUACUUGUGAUGUCAAUACGAAGCCAACAAGACAGCUUUCAGAACAUUAAGCCCGAAAUUCUACCUUGUUCUUGCCUGUGAAACCAUUGUGUUUUAAAAAAAUCCAGAAAAUUCCGAG